CGUAGAUUUCUUGAUUCAUAAUAAAACGAACAUAUGCCAAUAACAAUGUUGCAUUAUCAGGUAAAGUUGACUCGUCCAGUUUUAUAGAGAAAUGGGUCUAUUGUUGCUUAAAGGAAUUCUUUUGAUGAUAUCAGAUGCAGGUUUGUGUAAAACCUCUUCAAUGGCUGGCAAAAUUAACUUCUCUCCGUCAGUAUGCGGUUUUCCGGAUUUUGCUAUAAGUAACGAGAUAUUGUAACACGCCCGCAAACCAUCAUCAUUUCUUUGUGACGUCGAAGCGAACAUUCUGUCCAGUGUAG